AAGGAUUACACGCGUUUAAUUUUACACUAUUGCUCUAAUGUUGGUUAACCGCAUGGUCGACACUGAAUACACCACGACGAAAACUAUCGGCGAAUAAGAUGUUAAAGUUAACACUGUUUGUGAUUGUUUUCAUACCUUGCUGCAAAUCAACGUUCCCGUCCAUCGAAAUUAAGCAAGGAAUUUUAAAUGGCAAAUUCAUGAGGGCUAGAAAUGGAAAGGAGUUUAGUGCAUUUUUGGGAAUCCCCUAUGCGAAGCCUCCAGUUAAAGAUUUACGUUUUAAGCCUCCGAUAUCAGCCGAUCCAUGGGAAGGUGUCCGAGACGCCACCACCCUUCCACCUUCCUGUCCUCAGAAGGAUCGAUACCAAAAAGGCGUAAAAGUUGUCGGGGAUGAAGACUGUUUAUUCGUCAAUAUCUACACACCACAACUUCACAAAGAUGAGUCAGAUCUGUAUCCUGUCAUGGUAUUUAUUCACGGAGGCGGCUUCUACUUUGGCACCGGCACAAUGUAUGGACCCGAUUACUUAUUGGAAAAAGACAUCAUCCUUGUCACAUUUAACUACAGAAUCGGUGCACUAGGUUUUCUAUCAACGGGCGACGACGUGGUUCCCGGAAAUAACGGUUUUAAAGAUCAGAGCUUGGCAAUAAAAUGGGUGAGUGAGAACAUAGCGGCGUUUGGAGGUGACCCAAAGAAAAUAACCCUAUUCGGUGAAGCAGCAGGUGGAGCAAGCGCGCAUUUCCAUUAUUUUUCACCUCUUUCACAUGGUCUAUUCAGCAGUGCGAUAUCUCAGAGUGGGACGGCUUUUAACAUAUGGUCACUUGCGGAUAGGUCGCUGGUCGCGACCAAAGCAUCAAAGUUAGCCACUGCGCUAGGAUGCUCCAGUGCCGAUAACAAAGUGAUGGUCGAAUGCAUGCGACUUAUAGAACCAUCCGAAAUUAUAGAGAAGGAUAAGAUUUUCAUGGAAUGGGACAUUGAACCCUUCAUUCCAUUUAAACCUGUUGUAGAGGUAGAACACGAAGGAGCAUUUUUAGCGAGGCAUCCGUUAGAGAUCGUGCAGAAUGGAGGCUACGCUCAACUGCCUUGGGUUACUGGAGUAAAUGGUAACGAGGGGGUAAUUAAAGUAGCAGCAUUGAACAAAAAUCCCGAUCGCAUCGUCGAACUCGACCAAGAAUUUAAUCGAAUCAUGGGUAUCAUUUUCGAAAAAGGCGCAAGUUUUGAAAAUGCCGCUAAGCGAAUUAGGAAAUUUUACUUUGGCGAGCAGAGUAUUAAUAAUUCAACACUUUUCAACUUGGUGGACAUGUUUUCCGAUUAUCUAUUUUUCGUAGGGGUGGAAACCGCCGUCGAUUUGCACUUGAAACAUUCAAAUCAGCCUGUAUAUUAUUAUUUUUUCAAUCAUCAAAGUCCCAACAGCUUCAGUCGGGUGGUUGGCGUCUCAAACGAGCCUUAUGGAGCAUCACAUGCAGACGAACUGCCCCUGCUCUUCCCUCUGGAAUUUUUAUUUGAAAAUCGGAAGCAAACCGAAUUGGAUCGACGCAUGUCAAAGUUGAUGACUGAACUAUGGACAAAUUUUGCAAGGCUAGGUAAUCCAACACCUGCACCGACCCCGGAGAUUUCAACACUGUGGGAACCGGUGAAAAGUGAAGACUUGGAGUAUCUGUAUAUUGGAGGGGGGCUGCAUACUGCAAAGAAGCUGCUUCCUGAACGCAUUCGGUUUUGGAAGGAUGAAUUGAUGACUGCUAACCAUCUAAAAGAUGAAUUGUAAACUUAAUCGUGUUUCAUUAUCACCCUGCCAUGUUAGUUCGGUCAGUAAAGGGGUUGUAGAAUCA